AUGGUGGUUCUGUCACCAGAUCUGAGUAGCGGGGAGAACAGUUCGCACGGUCUCGAGUACAACAUGCUGCGUGUGCCCAUCGGUGGCACUGACUUCUCAACUCAUUAUUACGCCUAUAACGAGGUCCCUGCCGACGACCCCGACCUCACCAACUACACACUGUCGUACGAGGACUACAAAUACAAAUUGCCGGUCAUCAAAACCUGCAUGAAUGUGGCGACUUCGCCCGUGCACAUUGUUGGAUCGGUGUGGUCACCACCGAGCUGGAUGAAGGAAGCACUAGAGAUUGCUGGCAUGAACCAUUUGAAGAGCGAAUACAUGCAGACUUAUGCGCUGUAUUAUUUAAAAUUCUUACAAUUGUACUCAGAAAACGGAGUUAGAUUGUGGGCAGUCACGACCACCAAUGAACCACUCAACAACAUGCUAACGUUAAGCACCUAUCAACUGCAGCUCGGAUGGUUGGCUCAAGAUAUGGGCACUUGGAUACUUGAGAAUUUGGGUCCUACAAUCCGUAAUUCAUCAUUCAAGGACGUGAAAAUACUCGCCGUGGAUGACCAGCGUUUCUCCAUACCAAUAUGGUUAAACAUUGAUUUAUGCAAAGACGUAGUUGGCUUGAUCGACUGGAAUAUGUGCCUCGACAUGAGGGGCGGUCCGAACUUGAUCGAGGACUACGUAGACUCGCCCAUCAUCGUAAACGCUGAAAAGCAAGAAUUCUACAAGCAACCGAUGUUCUACGCGCUGGGUCAUUUCAGUAAAUUCUUGAAACGCGACUCCCGAAGAAUAGAGAUUACGAAUAAAACUGUUUGUACGAUUCUCGAUCAUCAUGAUGCUGACAAUGGAGAAAAAAUAGAUGAAUAUAAUCCCGAUUGGAACACAGCGUCGUAUGACAGUGUCGCCUUCCAGACCCCAAAUAACACCAUUGUUCUCAUCAUCCACAACAGUUCGCGCGGUCUGGAGUACAACAUGCUGCGUGUGCCCAUCGGUGGCACUGACUUCUCAACUCAUUAUUACGCCUAUAACGAGGUCCCUGCCGACGACCCCGACCUCACCAACUACACACUGUCGUACGAGGACUACAAUUACAAAUUGCCGGUGAUCAAAGCCUGCAUGGAUGUGGCGACAUCGCCUGUGCACAUCGUUGGAUCGGUGUGGUCGCCACCGAAAUGGAUGAAGGACCCCCCGGAGAUUGCGGGCGUAAACCAUUUGAAGAGCAAAUACUUGCAGACUUACGCGUUGUAUCAUUUUAAAUUCUUGCAGUUGUACUCGGAAAAUGGAGUCCCACUGUGGGCAAUCACGACAACCAACGAACCACUCAACGGCGUGCUCCCGGCGGGCACCUUUCAACACCUGGGAUGGUCGGCUAAGGAAAUGGGCAGUUGGAUACUUGAUAAUUUGGGUCCUACGAUUCGCAAUUCAUCCUUCAAAGACGUGAAAAUACUUGCCGUGGAUGACCAGCGCUUCUCCAUACCCAUAUGGUUUAACAAUGUGAUAUCUCAAACGCCAGGAUCUGAAAAAUACAUAGAUGGCAUAGCGGUGCACUUUUACUUUGACAACUUUACGCCUGCGUCUUUCUUGAAGGACGCCACGAAAAGUUAUCCUAACAUUUUCGUCAUAUCCACUGAAGCUUCCGAAGGUGCCGGUUCAAAAAGACCUGUUGUUCUCGGAUCAUGGGAGAGAGCAGAAAGUUAUAUAAUUGACAUAUUAGAAGAUUUAUGCAACGACGUAGUGGGUUGGAUCGAUUGGAAUAUGUGCCUCGACAUGAGAGGGGGUCCGAACUGGGACAAGAAUUAUGUAGACUCGCCUAUCAUAGUAAACGCCGAAAAGCAAGAGUUCUACAAGCAACCGAUGUUCUACGCGUUGGGUCAUUUCAGCAAAUUCGUGACGCGCGGCUCUCGAAGAAUCGAGAUUACGAAUACAACCAUUUGUAAGAUGCCAAAGGAACAUGGUAUUUACAAUGUACAGAAAAUAGAUGAAUGCAACCCUGAUAAGAACAUAGCAUCGUACGACAGUGUCGCCUUCCAGACCCCAAACAGCACAAAUGUUGUCAUCAUUCACAACAGAGGCAUUGAAAACCCCGUGGUGAUUAAAUAUGGUGACAAAGAAGCGACCCUGCAACUGGAGGCGGCUUCUAUAACUACCGUUGAAUUCCCAGCAGAAUUCAACGAU